CACCGGAAGUGUUAAAAACAUCACUUUUCUUCCUGGAGCUGAACAAAUUCCACAAAACGCGACAUUUUCCCCGUUUCUUUCACAAAUCCGCGGAUUUAACCGGCGCCAUGUCCGAGGAGAACAUCUUCCUGUUCGUGCCCAACCUCAUCGGUUAUGCCCGUGUGGUGCUGGCGUUCCUCUCCUUCUUCCUGAUGCCCUACUGUCCGUGGCCUGCUGUCUUCUGUUACCUCCUCAGCGCUCUUCUCGAUGCGUUUGAUGGACAUGCUGCCAGAGCCCUCAACCAGUCGACAAAGUUUGGAGCGAUGAUGGACAUGUUGACUGACCGCUGUGCCACCAUGUGUCUCCUGGUCAAUCUGUCCCUGCUCUAUCCCUCCUACACCUUCCUCUUCCAGGUGAGCAUGUGUCUGGACAUCAGCAGCCACUGGCUCCACCUGCACAGCUCUACAAUAAAAGGCUCGUCGAGUCACAAAACCAUCGACCUGUCCGGAAACCCCAUCCUUCGAGUCUACUACACCUCUAAGCCGGUUCUGUUUGCGAUGUGCGCUGGAAAUGAGCUUUUCUUCUGCCUCCUCUAUGUCCUCUACCACAUCGAGGAGCCUGCAGGAUGGCUGUACGGGCUGCUGUUCGUCUGCGCUCUCGUCUCUUUGGCCAAAUCGGCCAUUUCCGUGGUGCACCUUGUCACCGCGUCCCAGAACAUGGCGGCCAUCGACACGGCUGAGCGACAGGGGGCCAAGAAGCAGUGAGAGAGGUGAGCGUGACAUCACCAUGACAACGAGCCGCACGCCAUCACCUUGACAACAACAAUCCACACGCCGCCGGGGAAUCACCAUGACAACAAUACGUACGUGAAACAGGAACAUCACCAUGACAACAAUCCGAAUUCUGCCGGACAGGAAGUACAAGUGGAGGGAGGAGAGCGUGCAGCACCGUCAUGAGGAGACGGAGCGCUAAAAUGAGAGGAGGUGCACAGGGACAUGCUGGAGUUUAGGGAGUUUUAGUUUUGUUUUUUUGUUUAAAUUGUUGUUAAUGUAGAUUCAGAGGAGCAGACAGGAGCAGAGACAUUUACAGAAGCUGAGGACUGAACGAGGACUGAACGAGGACUGAACGAGGACUGAUCGAGGACUGAUCGAGGACUGAACCAGGACUGAACCAGGACUGAACCAGGACUGAACCAGGACUGAACCAGGACUGAACCAGGACCGAACCAGGACCUUUUAUAGGGACUUUAAAAGCCCGUGUUGACUGCAUCUUUCAUCCCUGGGUUUUUGCUCCUGUCGGCUCCUCCUGUGUCGUCAUAGAAACUGCAAACACUCCCUGAAUUCAGUCCUGUCCCUUCAAAGGUGCACUGUGGAACUUUUCUGGUGAAGGGUCCCUCACCUGCUCAUAUCCAUGGAGAUGUCAUUGCCUUGGUUGGAAUGUUCCACAGCACAGCAUUAAACUCAUCACUCAAACGUCACCAGGACAAGUUACAGCUCAGAUCUGUGGAGAGGCGAGGCCACUCUCUGUAAGAAUGAAGUUUUUCAAGGUAAUUUUAAGCAUUUUAACACCUGUUAUUGAAUACAUGCAGGAAUGAUGAGUUUAAUGCCAUACAGUGGAACAUUCACUCAAAUACGAUACAGUUGCCACGAAGAUGAGCCUACGCCAAACUCUCCAUCAGAAAAGUGACACAGAGCAGCUUUAACUUUAGCUGCGCCUCCAGAGCAAACUGAACAAAUCACGACCAAACUCACGACAUUCACAAACAUGAGAGCAGCUCAGUGAAACCAGGCCUCAACGUCACGAGACGCCAUUUUAGAUACAACGCCGUGGUCUAAGAUGGAGGACAGGGGUCUGUAGAGCGCUCUUGAGAGUUCAGUGUUUUUAAAUAAAUCUCUAAACUUCUGCUCCACAAAUAUUGAAAUAUUAGUUUGGGAUUACCUCCACAAAUUUGUCAUAUUAAUCUUAACUGACAACACUCACGUCUUUGAGCUUGACUUCACUUUAUGAAGAUAUUGUGGAAAAAACAAAAAAUUGUUUAUUUAAACUGACAAAAGGCACUGAGAUGUUAACCAUGGACCAGAUGAACACAUCUGCAAACUCCACCUGAGAGCUUUGACCUCUGACCUCAGAUCGGGGUAAACUGUGGGCAGUACUAUUGGCUGUGGUGCGUUCGAGGCCUGGGGAAAAGUCUGGUAUUUUUGAUUCAAGCACAGUGGUUUUAUUAAAAUGUCUGAAAAUAGAUUUAUUUGGUGAGAAAUAUUAAGAGUAUUAAAGAGAAGAGAAGAAUAUUAAAACAGCAGAAUUUAGUCUGAUUUAGAGCACUGUUUGUACAAAUGUGUAUGUGUUUAAGCUACGAGCCACCAAAGAGGACUAGACCGGGACUAGACCGGGACUAGACCGGGACUAGACCGGGACUAGACCGGGACUAGACCGGGACUAGACCGGGACUAGACCGGGACUAGACCGGGACUAGACUCAUAAAGUUAACAGUUAGUUUUGAAAGUUGAACUGAUCAUGGUUUAGUCUUGAUUUAGACCCAGUUCAGACCUAGUUUAGAUGUGGGUUAGAACUAGUUAGGACCUUGUUUAGUCCCAGUUUAGUGCCGGUUCGUGGCUUAAGUCUUUAAGUGAAUUUCCAGUCAAAUGUUAAAUUAUUCACAUAAUUAUUGUUAAAAUUAGACAAGUUUGUGUUUUAUUUCCUGGUGUUUUUUUAUUAUUGUUAUUACUAUUAUUAUGACAGAAAUUCCAUGUUUUUGUUGUUUAGAGGUAAAAGACGAUGUUUUAUUCCAUUACAAACCUGUGUGCGGGCAGAUGGGGGUUUGGUGCUUUUAGACGCUUCUGUCCUCGUUCAGACCUCGGCUUUGGAAAAUAUUUAUAGAAUUUUGGUUUAAUUUGGAAUUUUCACUUUGGUUUGGACUGAAAACGUGGAACUCAAAGUCACAUCAACACGAAAAAGACAGGGGAGAGCCACCCGAUGACAUCACGAGGUGGACACUACACUAGAACACUUAGAACAGGGUUAAAGUCCCACGGCGGGAUAUUUCAUAAUAUUACGUCUGAUUUAGAGGGAGAAAAGGUGGUUUAGAAGAAUAACAUUUGUUUAAGAUGGUAUACAGGUCCAGUGUUUCUCAAACUGGUCCCAUUCCUUCAGGUGGGACUGGGGCAGAGCUUCAGUUUGUGGGUUUGUCUCAUUACAGUUUAUUUGGGACACUUUUUCUGUCAUCAUUUGGAUCAUUUCUGUUUAAACUACAGUGGAAAUGAUGUAGCCCCCUUUUAGACCUGGAAUAGUCCUGUUAUAGACCUGGUUUAGCCCUAGAUUAGACCUGGUAUAGAUCUGGUGGCACUCGGAAGCCAAACUUUUCUUGGUCAAAUAAUCUACAGCAGUGUCUCAAACUUUUCACAAAGUCUCAGGUCUGAUUGAGCCCAGAAGUUUUUAUUUUUAUUUUUGUAGUUUUCCACAAGCUGCAGUACCGUGAGUGGUCUGUAGAGGGCGCAACUGUAGCUCUGUUUAUGUGAAUGUAAAAAUGUUAAAUAUAAGAAAUGGAAGCAAACCCAAGUCGUAUUUAAAGCUCAUUGUUUUUGCUGAACUGUAAAAGACAAUUAAAUAAACCUGUUGUUUGGAUGU